AUGAGCAAAGGGAUUCAACUUAAUUUUGAAUACAUUGGGUCUCACCUCGAGGAUUACAUUGACGACAAUAAGUUAUUUACUACAUUCGAAAUCGACGACAUCAAUCAAAUCAUGAGUUUCGCAAAUUUAUCAACUAAUGACUUCAUUAAUAUUCUGAAACAAGCGCAUUCUACAGUCAAUGCAAAUAAACUAUAUUUUUCCACACGAAAUGCAAAUAUUAUAACACGAAACCUUGGAGAAGUCAUUACACUUCUUAAAUCAGUCAGAGAAUUCAUGAAACUGAAAAUACUUGAUGGAGCUAUUGACCUUUUAAUACAAUUGGGAAAAAGAUUACCUUCUUCGGAGGAGCAACUCCCAAAUUCGAAACCAAAAUCAAUUAAAGAAAACAAUGAAACAGAAAUUCUGUCAAAAAUACGAGAACUUAUGAAUUCUGAUGAUAUUAAAUGCAUUUACAAUUUCUUUGAUGAGCUUUCAUCUCAAGGAAAUCAAAGAAUGAUUUCAAAAGCUUGUGAAGAAGGUCUUUGGGAAAUAGUUCCUUUUAAAAAUUCAGUACUUGGUAAUCAAAGAAAUAUACUUCAUAUUGCAUGCAAAAAAAGAAAUCUCAACCUUGUUAAAUCACUCAUAGAAAAUGGAUGCGAUGAAGAUAUAGAAGAUGAUCAUGAAUGUUCUCCACUCAUUUAUGCAUCAAUAGAAGGCCAUCUUGAAGUUGUGAAAUAUCUUAUUUCUGUUGGAGCUGAUAAAAAAACAAAGAAUAAAGAUGGAAAUACUCCACUCAUCUGCGCAUCAAGUUAUGGACACCUCGAAGUUGUUAAAUAUCUUAUCUCUGUUGGAGCUGAUAAAGAAGUAAAGAAUAAUGAAGAAGAAACUCCACUCAUUUGUGCAUCAGAAUAUGGACAUCUUGAAGUUGUUAAAUAUCUUAUCUCUGUUGGUGCUGAUAAAGAAGCAAAAGACGAUGAUGGAUGGACUCCGCUCCUUUGUGCAUCAGAAGAAGGUCAUCUUGAAGUUGUUCAAUAUCUUAUCUCUGUUGGUGCUGAUAAAGAAGCAAAGGAUGAUUAUAGAUAUACUCCACUCAUUAAAGCAUCAAAAUAUGGUCAUCUUGAAGUUGUUCAAUAUCUUAUCUCUGUUGGAGCUGAUAAAGAUGCAAAGACUAAUGAUGGAAAAACUGCACUUUCACUUGCAAGUGGUGAUAUCAGUGAAUUUUUGAUUUCUAUCGGAGUAUAA